GAAUGUAUUUUAAUUAUGGAACAACAUUCCAACCUUGUUUGGCAUUGUCUAGUCGUCCAUGCUUCCACUAUUUGUAUGCCUUUGCGUCGCUUUCAAUUAGGGACUUUUAUUUUGAAGUCAACCCGCAAAUUCCAGUAUUGUUGCUAAUCGUUAUGGUGGUUAGCUUCACAUAGAUCAUCGAACGCGCCGGCCACAGGCAAAACUGGUCUGGAUUAUUUUGUGACUAGUAGCUAGCUACCUACCUACAUCGGACCCCCCUCCCCCGAUCUGGCUAGCUAAGGGAAAUUUUGUAUUCCAACGACUUUUCAACUAAACUGGAUGUUAUAGUAUUUCCUCUAUUGUCUGGGAAAGCUACCUACAGUAGCGAACGAGACUCCAUCUUGCAUGUGAUUUGGAAGGCGGCUAGCUAGCUAAACUAGUUUUUCAGACGUACUAUGGCGAAAGAUCUAAAAACGAUGUUCAUACGGUGUUGUGGGUAUUUGCAAGAUCCGCACCAUGUAGCAUCAUUUCAAAAGCUCUGUGGUGUCCAAGGCUCAUUCCCAGUCAAACUGAGCAGGAAGGAAUGGGAAAAUGAUUUUAUUGUUAACGGUGCCUGCGUGAAACGCUACCAGGACCAAAGUGGAAACGGCGAGGGACAUGUUGGCGGACAGCAAAUCGAAGGUCCUCUGCAAAGAAAAAGCGUAACUGCCGGAGAACAACAUAACGACUGUUCAAACAAGCUGCAACAUGGAACAGCUCUGGUGUCUGGGAUAGGGGAGACAACCGAACAACAGACUGUCUCCCAUGAGGGAAACAGACAAAGUAGCGGCGGUAGAUUGACUGGGAAGUUGUCCAAAGCUGUUGAGAGUGACCGCGAGAAUGGGGACUCUAGUGGAAGGGUCAAACCUCUUCGCAGGAACUCACUGACUGGGGAUGUAGGCCAGGAGUUUAUUAUUCAGAAUAAGUUCCUAUUCUACCUUUUCACAUUCGGGUCCGAGCUUGGUAACGAGAUGUUCUUCAUUGUUUUCUUCCCCUUCCUAAUUUGGAAUGUAGAUGCUUUUGUCAGCCGGCGAAUCCUUGUGGUCUGGAUUUGGAAUCUUUUCCUCGGCCAAUCUACCAAAGACAUUGUCCGCUGGACGCGACCAGCAUCUCCGCCUGUGGUUAAAGUGGAGGUGUUUUACAACUCAGAGUACAGUAUGCCAUCAACGCAUGCCAUGUCCGGGACCGCCAUCCCUUUCUCUCUCUUCCUACUCACGUAUGGACGCUGGCAGUACCCUUUCCUGUUUGGCUUGAGUCUGGCCAUCUGCUGGAGUUUCCUCGUCUGUGUAAGCAGAGUCUACAUGGGCAUGCACUCUGUCCUGGAGGUCAUCACUGGCUGUCUAUACAGCCUGCUGAUCCUGGCCGUCUUCCAAUCAACGUUGGACCAGAUUGACAGUUUCUACCUGACGAGCCACCAUGCACCACUAGUCAUUGUCAUCCUGCACGUAGGCUUAGGCUUCCUGGCCUUCACCCUGGACUCAUGGAGCACCUCGCGGGGUGACACAGCGCAGGCUCUGGGCACUGGGGCCGGAGCUGCCCUGGCCUCCCACCUCAACCACCAGCUGGGCCUGCUGGCCGACCCACCACUUUCCUCCCUGCCCCUGGCACUGCCCCCCCUGAGUGCCGCCCUAUUGGCCCGCUCCCUGCUGCGCCUACUGCUUGGGGUGGUCGUCCUGCUUGCCACCCGGGCUGCAAUGAAAGCAGUCACCAUUCCGCUGGCCUGCCGGGUGUUUGGGCUGCCUGCUGGCGAUGUACGGCAGGCACGGCAGCACAUGGAAGUUGAGCUAUCUUACCGCUACAUUGUCUAUGGCACUGUGAGCUUCAGCUGCGUCUGUCUGGUUCCCCUCCUCUUCAGCUACCUGAACCUCUCCUGAACACACUCGAUAAUCUGCUAAUCAGCCUCCUCCCCUUGUGCUUAAACAGUACAUAUGUACAGCAGAGACAUGGCCACAUGCCUAUUAUAUUAUGGUGAUAAGAAGACCGGGAGACUAAAAAACAAAUGUCAACUCUAAACGUGUUCACCAACUUUUUUGGGAGGGGUUGUCUUUUUCAUCUCUGUCACCAGUUGUCAUGUUGUCUCAGUCUGUGCUGUUAAAAGUAAGCCCAGCUAGCACAUAACGUUCUGAGAACCAUAUGUUUCUUAGAGCUUGGUGAGUGUGGUUGUCUCAUGGUUAUUUUGCAUACAACCUUCCCACAAGUUUCUGGGAAUGGCGCAUGAUAGUUGCUUGGCUUUGAAACAUUCUCAGCACAUUUAAGGAACUUUAUGUGCUGAGAUAUUUCAUUACUAUAACAGAAAGUUUCCCAAAAGUUCAAACAUGGUUACAUUUAAAUUUUGGUAAAGUUUUAGGAACGUUCUCCAACUGGUUUGACAUUGGGUAUGUUCUCAAAUAGUUCAGAGAACGUUCUUCUGUAGGAAUUUCAGUACUUCAGCAUUACGUUUCUUCAUGGUUCUAUUUAAAGCAAUGUUCUCAAACUGUUCUAGAAUGUUAUUUAAAAAAAAAAAAAAAAUAAUAAUAAUUCUGUU